AUGGAUACUAAUUCUCUCCUCCAUCCUCAUCUAAAAAGCAACAUUCUUCCUUCUUCUUUCUUCAACACAAUUUUCAUCUCCUCCCCAACAUCACAUUCUCUCAGCUCCCAGAUGAUCGCCAGAUCGAAAACCACUGCAUCAUGCUUGUUCUUUGUGCUUCUUUCAUUGUACAUCGUCAUGUCUCAUGAUUCCGAUCACACUGGAUCACGGCGGUCGUCAUUCCAGAUGUGGUCUAUGAUCGCAGGUGGUCUGUUGAUUGCAGGUUUGAUGGCAGUUAUGGUGAGAGCCACCAUCGUGACGUGGACCAUGGUGCUGGUUAUGAUGGCUUUUGCAGGGAAACGCCGCCGUGUACUGGCCGUGGAAGGGAGGAAGAUCACCGGAGAUGUUGCAAUGCAUUUGUUGAAAGUCAUGAUCAAAGAGAGAAGCAUUGUUGCUGUUGCUUGUGCUACAUUUUUGAGUUCCAUGGCCAUGGUUUGGGUUGCGUGA